UCUUAGGCUUCCAAGCACCACAAAUGAGAGUUGAAAAUGUUCAAGGUUGAAGCUUGAUUGAUGGAGACAUCACUUGGCCACACCAAUACCCCAUUAAUGGCUUCACCAUGCUGUCUCACAUCAGGAAAUGAGCUGUUAACUACGCCCUCAUUUACAGAAUUCAUUAGACUCGUAAAAGAGUAAGCCAGAAGCAUAAUUGAGCGGUGAAGAAGAAAAGUGGUGCUGGCUGUAACACUGCAUGCAGAAUUGGGUCAACUGGAGCUUGGAAAACUGAUUCAUUUCAACUACAGCUGAAGCCUCAUUUGCAGAAUUAAAUUGGAUUUGUGAAAGAGAAGCCGCUGAAGUCAAGGAAGGCUAGUCAAGGAAGAAGCAUAGUUUUUGUUGUUUCAAGUAAAGAGACAUCAUUGAAUAAAAAACAAUGAACAAGAGGGUUGGACGAGCUCUCUAAUCGUCCAGCCGAUGGGGUCUUGCUCGAGUGACCUGAGAAUAAAACUGAUACAGAACACUUGAAGGUUAGCUAUUAUGAGGUGUAUAUCUGAAAUAAUAGCUUGCAGUUGCAAGAAUAUUGCUGGGAGCCAUUGACAAUGUGGACGAUGGCUUGUGCGUCAGUCGUUUGAAUCACAAAGUUUCUCUAUCUCUCUGGUUCAGCAUGUUGAAGUGUUUGAGUCAACAUGAACUUAUAUAAAUAAGACUAAUACAUGUGGAUGUGAGAACCCUAAGCAGCUGCAGAGCUUCUUCUGAUGAUCCGGUCACUCCAUAACCUCUUCCAGAGGUGGAAUCUUUUGUUCUCUUUCUAAGAGUUGUUUCCAUGAUCUCACGAGCCCAAAAAGACAUCUGAUCGUGGCUAUUGUAUCCAGUUCCUAUUGUGGCUAAUCCCUUUUCUGGUUUUAGUAGCUCUAAGAAUUCCUCCUGCGGAUUCAGCGAGCAAAGCUGAGAUUUUCACUGACGACAGCGAUUAAAAAUGGGAUCUUGGAACUGGAUCCCCCUGUUCUGGAAAGGAGACAAGGUUUCCUCUCGUGGCUUCCACUCUUCCUCCACCGCGGAAGAGGUCACUGAAGGCAUCGACGCCAGCCAACUCACUGCCAUUGUCACCGGGGCAACUAGUGGAAUUGGGAAGGAAACCGCAAGGGUUCUGGCACUGAGAGGCGCCACCGUCGUCAUCCCCUGCCGGUCGCUGGAAAGCGGCGGAAAGGUGAAAGAAAGCAUUUUGGAGCAGAAUGCGGAUGCCAAGAUCCAUGUUAUGGAGAUGGAUUUGAGCUCCCUCGAUUCGGUGGAGUCCUUUGCUCGAUCGUUUAAUUCAUCGUACGAGCACCUAAACAUUCUCAUCAACAAUGCAGGGAUUAUGGCCUGUCCCUUCCAGCUAUCCAAAGAUGGAAUAGAGAUGCAGUUUGCUACUAAUCACCUUGGACAUUUUUUACUUACUAAUCUGUUGAUGAACAAGAUGAUAGUUACUGCCGAAGAAACAGGAAUACAGGGAAGGAUUGUUAGUGUUUCGUCUUUGGGUCAUUCAAGCAAAUUUGAUGAAUCUUGGUUUAAUUUGGAGAAGAUAAAUGAUCAAUCUAACUAUGGACCUUUUGCUGCUUAUUCUCAUUCUAAGCUGGCAAAUAUAUGGCAUGCAAAUGAGCUUUCUCGGCGUUUACAGGAAAAGGGCUGCAACAUAACAGCAAAUUCUCUUCAUCCUGGAGCAAUCCAUACUAAUGUGUGCCGCUAUCUAAAUAUUAGCUCAUUUAUACUGGAUGCCAUUGCUGUUGCGAUGAAACCUUUCUUAAAAUCCAUACCCCAGGGUGCAUCUACUACCUGCUAUCUUGCUCUACAUCCUGACAUGAAAGAUGUAACUGGAAAAUAUUUUGGGGAUUGCAAUGAGUCAUUGCCUUCUGCUGUUGCAAGAGACGAGGAAUUAAGCUUCAAGUGCUGGGAAUUCAGCCAACAACUCCUAAACAAUUUAAGAGGGCCAAUUGUUGUACAUUAAGGGAGUGUUUUCUUGUCCAAUGUAUCUUCUGGAAAUGAACUUUAGCUACAACUUUGAAUUUACUUCAUCCAAAUCACUCAUCAUUUUGUUUA